CAGACACCAUCUUCUAAUUAUUUCUCUGUCCACCAUUCCACGCUAUUUAUACCAUACCCUGCUUCUUUCUACGGAGUCAUCUCUGAGUGGCCAGGUGCUCAGUUCACCUUUCUUUUCUUCUUCUACAUUCUGAGUUGGUAUGGCUCCCAAAGCCUUUCUUUUUCUGUUGGCCACUUCUCUUUUGGUAACUACAAGGGUUUCAUCUAAGCAUGAAGAACUCAAUGUAAAGGUUGUUUAUGCUAAGCCACCGGCCCCUGCACCUCCAGUCGAGGUACCAACUCCUGUGCCUCCAGUGAAGCCACCGCCACCAGCAUUUGUGCCUCCAGUGAAAACUCCACCACCAGUUUCUGUGCCUCCAGUGAAGCCACCGCCACCAGCUUAUGUGCCUCCAGUGAAAACACCACCGCCAGUUUCUGUGCCUCCAGUGAAGCCACCGCCACCAGCUUAUGUGCCUCCAGUGAAAACACCACCACCGCCACCAGCAUAUGUGCCUCCAGUGAAAACACCACCACCAGUUUCUGUGCCUCCAGUGAAGCCACCGCCACCAGCAUAUGUGCCUCCAGUGAAAACACCGCCACCAGUUUCUGUGCCUCCAGUGAAGCCGCCACCACCAGCUUAUGUGCCUCCGGUCAAGCCCCCUGUGAAUCCACCAGCCACUGCACCAGUGCCUCCUGUGAGGUCCAUAGCAGAUUGCGCCCCAUUGUGUGAUAACAGGUGCAAAGACCAUUCGAGGAAGAACAUCUGCACCAGAGCAUGCAAAACAUGCUGUGCACGAUGCAGAUGUGUUCCACCGGGAACGUUCGGGAACAGAGAAAAAUGUGGCAAGUGCUAUACUGAUAUGACCACCCAUGGCAACAGAAUCAAGUGCCCUUGAAAAUUUGGUUGGUAGGUUUUUCACCAUUGUAAUAACUAUGAGAGAGAGAGAGUGUGUGAUGGGAAAAUAAAUGGUUUUCCAGUGAACUUCCAGGUGCUAUUGCGUACCCUCAGAUCUUGAACGAGAGCAAAUAGUACUAUAUAAGGCAUUAGUUUCUAUUUAAUUUUCACAUGUUGUAUCACAGGUAUUGGUAUAUGUUGUUACUUUUUCCCUUGUGACCGUAAGUAUAAAUAUAUAUAUUAUAUUAUUUUAUA